AUGUAGUCUCAAGUUAUUACUUUUUUCAAGAUAGCCUCAAGGUAUUUUUUUAUCAGAAACUAAUGUUAAAACCAAUGCAACAACACGUGUAUUGAAUGAGUCUUAGCAGAAAGGUCGAUCAGCUAAAACACUUCAAAUUUUGGAGAUUUGUUUCAAGUGGACCAAACACUGAAUAUGGGUUAGAGAAAAAAUGGGCAUACUAUGAUCAAGAUUUUGUUGAUAGAGAGGCUGCAAAGCCUUUACACAAGUUAACUCCAACACAGAUUAUGUUUCAUGGAAAAUUUGCUGAUGGAUCUCAUCUUGUGAAAAGUGCCCAUUAUUUGCAACAAGAAUUGCCUCGCCGAAUUGCUCGACACAUAAAAGAUUUUCAAAGCCUGCCGUAUGUUGUUUUGAUUAAUCCAAUUAUGCAGGAAGUGUAUGAGUUGUAUCUUCGGGCUUUUCGUAAGUUGGUACAUGUCAGUGAGAUUGACAACUUAGAAAAAGAGAGAGAAUACAGUUUUUUAUUAAGCCAGCUUUUAAAUGAUCACAAAGAUGUUGUUACUUACCUUGCAAAAGCUUUUCGUCAAGUGAAAAAGUUUGUACCUUAUGAAGUCUUAGGUGAUUUGGCUGAACGAACUUUAACAUCUCGAUUAGGCAUUCGUCUGUUAGCUGAGCAUCAUCUUGCAUUAAGACAUAAAAAGGAAUAUUUCAUUGGUAUAAUAGGAACCCAAACAUCUUUAAAGCACAUUAUUGAAAGAUGUGUUAUUAACUGCAAAGAUUUAUGUCAACAUCGCUUUGGAUACUCCCCUGCUGUUUAUGUAUCUGGCCAUACAAAGGCAACUUUUCCAUACAUCCCUGCUCCUGUAGAAUAUAUAAUGCAAGAACUGAUAAAAAAUUCGAUGAGGGCAACAGUUGUACGCCACAUUGAAAAUCCUUUUGAAAUGCCACCAAUAGAAGUAACCAUUUGUAAUAAUGAUGAAUACUUCACAAUCAAAAUAUCCGACAAAGGAGGUGGUAUUCCAGACUCUCAACUUUCUGAUAUCUUUCAAUAUUCGUUUACCACUAGUACAGAUGACGAGGGAAAUCUUUGUGAAACGGAAGAUACAUUUGAUAAUUUCUCACGGGCAGCUAACGAUAAAGGUAUUGGCGGUGUACUUUCUGGAUAUGGAUUUGGUUUACCUUCUGCUGCUGCAUAUGCUAAAUUUCUAGGAGGAUCUCUCACGCUGGUUUCAAUGUACGGACUUGGAACCGAUGUAUUUUUAAAAUUGAUUCAUAUAAAUCAACCAAAUUGUUUUCGAAUAUAACUUAAAGUAUAUGUGAACGGUUAUUGAUUAUCGGGUUAUUAUUUGAUACUAAGGUAAUUGUUGGAGGAUUAUGUGAUACUAUGGUAACUAUUGGAGUGUUAUUUAAAACGAUUAUUUACUUAAUGGUAUUUACACUAUUUAUAUAAUAAAAAAUUUGUAAGCUAAUAUUUAACUUUAAAAAUAA